UAAAGCUUCUGUCCAGCCAUAGCUUAAGGUUCCAUGGAGUUCAAUGGGGCUCUCAUUGUAAUGGCUUGGAUUACAGCCAUUGUGUUGGUGCAAAACUGUAGCAAUGUUCAUGGAAGGUACCAUUUUCAUAAGGGACAAAGGACACAGAAGCCUGGUGAAGACCCUUGUUCUGAUGCACCGCCGCCUUAUUCACCACCGGAGGAGGCAGUUCCUUCUAGUCCAGCUGAGUCAGCUCCUUCGACUCCAGCUGAGUCAGCACCUCCAGCUGAGCCAGCUCCUUCAGUGCCAGCUGAUCCUUAUCCUGAUGAUCCUGGAAACUCCACUGCUGACUGUGUGUUUGAUGUCACUGAUUUUGGAGCAGUUGGGGAUGGUUGUGCUGAUGACACUGCUGCCUUCAGGGCAGCAUGGAAAGCAGCCUGUGCUGUAGAAUCUGCCACUCUUUUAGUUCCUUCGGAUCGUUGCUUUAAAAUUACUUCAACUAUCUUUACCGGACCUUGCGAACCGGGACUCGUGUUUAAGGUGGAUGGGACCCUGAUGCCACCGGAUGGACCGGAGUCGUGGCUGAAAACGGACAGUCCGAGACAAUGGCUUGUGUUUUACAGGUUGGAUCAAAUGACAUUGACUGGAAGUGGAACCAUUGAAGGGAAUGGCCAGAAAUGGUGGGAGUUGCCAUGCAAACCACAUAGGGGUCCAAAUGGGUCGACUCUCCCCGGACCAUGUGACAGCCCUGCGCUGAUAAGAUUCUUCAUGAGCACCAAUUUGGCAGUGAGUGGGUUGAGAAUCCAAAACAGUCCACAGUUCCAUAUAAAAUUUGAUGGCUGUGAAGAUGUUCUUAUACAAAAGCUAUCAAUAUCUUCCCCAAAGCUCAGUCCCAACACUGAUGGCAUCCACAUACAGGAUACCAAGGGGGUUGGAAUAUACAACUCCAUCAUAUCCAAUGGUGAUGACUGCAUUUCAAUUGGGCCUGGCUGUACCAAUGUGGACAUUGAAGGCGUCACUUGUGGGCCGGGUCAUGGAAUUAGCAUAGGGAGCCUGGGAGUCCACAAUUCCAAGGCAUGUGUAUCCAACAUAACAGUAAGAAACGCAGUGAUCAGAGAAUCAGACAACGGUGUAAGGAUCAAGACAUGGCAAGGAGGGUCGGGCUCAGUGAGCGACAUCUCGUUCGAGAACAUACAAAUGGAGAAUGUUAGGAACUGCAUCAUAGUAGACCAAUACUACUGCUUAACAAAGGAUUGUCUGAACCAGACAUCAGCUGUGUUUGUGAACCAGGUAUUGUACAAGAACAUCAAAGGAACAUACGACGUGAGGAACACUCCAGUUCACUUUGCUUGCAGUGACACAGUGGCCUGCACAAACAUUACCAUGUCUGAAGUAGAGUUGCUGCCACAUGAAGGCGAGCUGGUGGAAGAUCCUUUUUGUUGGAAUGCAUUUGGGAUUCAGAAGACAUUGACCAUUCCUCCCAUUGAUUGCUUGCAAGAGGGUGAGCCUCAGAAUGUUGCAGAGACCCCUGAAUAUAGCUGCUAAAGAGUGCCACAGCAGAGCCAGGCAAGAGCCAUUUUGAGCAAAUGGGUCUUGUUUAUUGUGGCUUAGGCUCCAAGUUCAUCCCUUUCUGGGUUUGUUUUUAAGCUUCCCAUAUUGAGUGAUGUGAUGCCCUGUUGUAGAAUGUAGAAUAAAGAUUGAGUCUUUCUCUUGUUGAGAUGUAUAAGUGAGUUAAGGGACUGAAUGUCUAUAAGCAACCAAUAGAAUAUAGUCUGA